AUGUGUGCGUGGGUGUGCAAGGGUGCAGGGAUGUGAGAGGUGCGAAGAUGGGGGAGCGGGUGCAAGAGUGUGCGAGUGUGCGUGUGUGGGAUGUAUGUGCAAGGAUAUGGGUGUAGGGGUUGAGAGUCUAUGUGGGAGUAAUUUGGCUAACCUGAUGGCUGCCAGCGAUGGAGCACAGCCAUCUCCUCCCCGUGGUCUCCACUAGAAAUCGGGCUGGCCCUGCUGGCUUGGGUGGAGGAUGAUCAUUAGACCUCUCGGGACAGCUGGGGGAAGCUCUGCUGACUUGAGGUGGAGUGGUCCCUAGACCUCGAGGCUGGGACAAGGACCACCAUCCACCAUGGUGAAGCUGGGCUUCAGCUUCUCUGGGAAUUCAGGCAAGGAGACAGGAGGGUCUGCCAUGGACAGUGUCCCUCUUAUCAGUCCCCUGGAUGUCAGCCAGCUCCAGCCAUCAUUCUCUGACCAGGUGGUCAUCAAAACACAGACAGACUAUCAGCUUACCUCCUCAGACCAGCCAAAGAAGUUUGCAGAUUUGGAGGGUCAAAGGCUGGCCUGUCAAACAGAGGAAGGACGCAGAGUACCCACUGCAAGGAUGAUUGCCUUUGCCAUGGCACUCAUGGGCUGUGUGCUGAUCAUGUACAAGGCCAUUUGGUAUGACCAGUUCUCCUGCCCAGAUGGCUUCCUGCUUCGGCACAAGAUCUGCACCCCGCUGACCCUGGAGAUGUACUACACGGAGAUGGACACCGAUAACCAAGAUCGCCACCGCAACAUCCUGGCAGCCCUCGGGGCCUACCCUGUGAACCGCAAGCAUGUCACCGAGAUGCCCGCCAUCUGGGGGAACAGCUACCGGGCCUCCAAGGAAGAGCAUAAGGGCCCCACCCCUGCGGCCGUGGUUGUGUCCACUGCAGCAGCAGCAGCGGCAGCGGGCACAGAGCCAUCCGGCAUAGACCCAUCAGGGAAGCCUUCGGCCAUGAGAGAGGAAGGAGACCCACCCAAGACAGAGGGCAUGCCGUCCCAGGCCCCUCAGUGACCGUCGUCCCGUUCCCCUGUCCCCUCCCCCUCCGCCGGUGACUGGGGUAAGUGUGUCCCUUCUAAACAGGGGCUGGCUAGCUCGCAGGGUCACAGGCUUGCUCUGUCCUACCCUGCCCUACCCUACCCAUCUCUCCCGCCCUUCCCUGCCCUUCUCCGCCUCCCCCCCCCCAUUUCCCUCUAUCCCUCACUUCCUACCAGGCCCAGACACCUACCCAGAUGUGCAUCCUCUCUCGAGGCUACCUCCAGGUCUGUGCACAGGGCUUGCUUUGCUGUCCAGCACACCAGUCCUCUGUCCCUUUCACUCUGACCCUUCUGUCUUCACAGCGUCCCCCACAAAGCUAUUUGACCUGUGCACCUCCUGAUGCUUCUCCCCCCAGUGAUUGUCCUCCUGCCCCACAGCACCCCGCUGAAGCCCCUGUCCCUGGUGGGCCUCUGGCUCUGUUGCUUUUCUGUAAGUAAAGAUUCACAUCCACCUGA